AUGGCACCAGGCAUAGCCGUUGUCGAUUCCCCUGCUGUAGCAGCAGCAGACAGCGAAGAAUAUGGAGUCCUCAACACAAAACGCGACGGCAAAGCCCUAGAAGCCUUAUCCGACGACAUCGACGCCGUCAACCUCCUCAAAGCCCGCAGCAAACAACAAGAACAACAACACAUCCAACAAGAUGGCACAAACCCAACAAGGGAUUUGUACGAUGAAAGCGAAUUCGACAAAUCCAAAGACAAGUCCCAAUUCCGGCAAUACACAACGGCCUGCGAGCGCGUGAAAAGUUUCUACCUUGAGCAACACACCAAACAAACGGUGGCCUACAACCUGCAGGCACGCAACAAAUUCCAUUCUACCACCCGCGCAAGGAUGUCCGUGUGGCAGGCAAUAGAGAUGCUGAACACAUUGAUCGAUGAUUCGGAUCCGGAUACAUCGCUGAGCCAGAUUGAGCAUCUCCUGCAGACGGCGGAGGCCAUAAGACGGGAUGGGAAGCCCAGGUGGAUGCAGCUCACGGGCCUGAUUCACGAUCUCGGCAAAUUAUUAUAUUUCUUUGAUGCGCGGGGACAAUGGGAUGUUGUCGGCGACACGUUCCCCGUUGGCUGCGCAUUCGAUGAGCGAAUAAUCUACGGACGGGAGAGUUUCAGGCUGAAUCCUGAUUGUGGCCAUGAAGUAUUCGAUAACGGGCUCGGGAUCUAUUUCCCCGGUAUUGGAUUGGAUAACGUCAUGAUCUCUUGGGGCCAUGAUGAGUAUUUGUAUCAUGUCGUCAAGGAUCAGUCCACCUUACCAGAUGAGGCGUUGGCGAUGAUUCGGUAUCAUUCGUUUUAUCCGUGGCACAAGGAGGGCGCGUACCAGGAAUUGAUGAAUGAGAAGGACAAGAAGAUGCUCAGGGCCGUCCAGGCGUUUAAUCCAUAUGAUUUGUAUAGUAAGAGUGAUGGACUGCCCAAAGUGGACGAGCUGAGGCCCUAUUAUGAGGAGUUGAUUGAUGAGUUUUUUCCAGAGAAGGUUAUUAAUUGGUAA